CACCAAGCUCGAAGUCCCCGCCAAUGAAGCAUCAGUCACGCCGCUUUUGGUGACGCUCUCCAAAUGCUGCAACUCAAACCCUGUUCAUAUGCACCACCACCCAUUCGGCUGCUGCUUGCCAAACGGCACAUCACAAAGUUCGCAAUAACAGAUCCGCCAACCUAUGACACGGUUGAGGAAAUCGAGAACCGCGUAACGAUCGACCAGUUCCGGCGCAUUGCCGCGCCCACCGAAAAACGGAUCAGGCCCGUUCUCUUUCGUCAACAGAUUGUGGGGGAUGCUCCUGUAGGAUCCAGUGACUCAACCAAACCUCCAAUUUGCCUUCCGGCGAUACGAAAAUGGUUUGAUGGUCAUCAAUUCCAACAGAGGCGAGACGUAUUAUCCCAAUAUUUCAAGCAAUACUCUCCCUACACUGUCCCCUAUGAAUUGAUCCUCAGCGGCGGAGACAGUCGAGGCGUUGUCGAUGACAGCAACAUGAACAUGGCGGCGUUCAAAGCCUGGCUGGAACGCACGCACAGUCUUGACAACCCCACUGCCCGGGAUCUGCUCUUGCGUUACGGCAUUGUAGAGCUAGACGAUACAUCCGCGUCUGGUUUUGCCCGCUUCGAUGCGCCGCUGGCUCUCCUUGACGCCGCCGUGCAAUAUAACUCACAGGAGGCGCCGGAAACCCCCGUAUCCCGCCUCUACAUCGCUCAGGCCGCCCUGUCGGAUCUGCCCGAAGACCUCCAACUCGACGUCCCCACGCCCGAGGUCCUCACGGGCCCGGCCACCGGGGAGGCCCCCUUUACGGCCGACAUCUACAGCAGCAGCCUCUGGCUUGGUCUAGAGCCGACCUUCACGCCCUGGCACCGCGACCCGAACGACAACCUGUUCUGCCAGCUGCGGGGCUCCAAAACAGUUAGGCUCCUGCCACCGGAGCCAGGGCUAGGGCUGUUCAAGAGCGUGAUGGCGGCCCUGGGGAAACAAGGCGCCAGCCCUAACAUCAGGGUGCCCGAGAUGAUGGGGCGUGUCGAGCGCCAGGCCUGGCGGAAUGCGGUCUGGGGCCCGCACGCAUCCAAGUCGCUGCUCGAGGCGGUAGUAGGCCCUAGCGACGUACUGGUCAUCCCGAAGGGGUAUUGGCAUAGCGUUAAGAGCACGGCUGAUGAAGAAGGGGCUCUUAAUGCCUCUGUGAAUUGGUGGUUUCGAUGGAGGAGUACGUCGUCACGUUCCUCUCCAGUCGGUUCCGCCGGCGAGCCGACCCGUGCCCCGUAGUCAUUGAACGGAAGAAGAUGUGGUGGGAACAACCACAAAUUAUAUGACACGGGAAAGGGCAGAAGGCGGAAGGGAAGAAAAACAGACUUCGUUGGUCCGAGUCCGCGGGGGGGCGAUGGGCUCGUUGCUUCGGCACACAAGGUCAGGGGAAUUGAGCGCCCCAGGACUGACUUCCUCUGUUGAUACAGGGUGGCUAGUGUGGCUAAAUCUGGACCCCGUGUUCUCGGUCCGGUUACCAGUCCGAUAUCAGUAGGUUACCAUAAAUUGGUACCCAGUUGCCGACGCCAGCUUGAACUGUAAAAGUCCACACACGCCCAACCCACUCGAACUCACAAAGGGAUAUAACCCCC